AUGUGCACUAUUCACGACUUGGGUUGUUUUAUGUCUUUGUCAGCUCCUCUGAGGUGGUGUGUGAACUCUGAUUUGGAGGAGGAGAAAUGCAGGGCCAUGUCCAAUGCAUUCACAGCCCACAAACUCAAACCAACCAUACUCUGUGUACUCUCCGCAAACACUGAAGUCUCCUCCUCCUCCCCCUCAUCUGGUCACUCUGCGUGUCUGCGCACUCUGGCCAAAGGAGAGGCGGAUGUGACGUCAGUGAAGGGCGUGGAUGUGGGCGUGGCCUCAAAAAAGUUCCGACUCCAGGGCAUCAUGGCAGAGAAUUACCCUGGACCUGGUGACACUAUAGCCCCCCUAGACCACUAUGCAGUUGCAGUGGCCUGGGCAGAUAGCAACAUAACGGUAGACACUCUGGAGGGCACGAGGUCAUGUCACCCCUCGGUCCACUCCCCCUCUGCCUUCGCCAUCCCCCUCUCUGUUCUGCUCAGGAGGGGUCUCAUGACUCAGAUGGACUGCACGUCCCCACUGGUGUCAGCGGCUGGGUUUUUCGGGAAUUCAUGCAUUCCUGGUGUUCUGGAUAUUUCGGCUAAUCCUGCUGGUCUGAAUGUGAGCAGUCUUUGUUCGUUGUGUGAUGGAACAGGCAGUGACAACUGCGCCAGCUCCUCCUACGAGUUCUUCUACGGAGAACAGGGCGCAUUCAGGUGUCUUGUGGGGCUGUCGAGCCAGCCAUAUUACUCAACUGAAGGCAAUCAACAGCAGAAAAGUGGAAGGGCAGACGUCGCUUUUCUGAGACAUGACACAAUUUUGAAGAUGACAGUUACAAGAGAGCAGAUCACCAGCAAAGACUUGUCUAAGUUGGACCGACUUCGGCUGUUCAACAAGCGACUGCGAUCUGAAUUCGUGCUUCUUUGUCCCGAGGGGGGAUCUGCGCCUGUGGAACAGUACUCCACUUGUAACUGGGGUGAAGUGAAGGCCAAUCUACUGAUGGUACCUGCUCACAGCGAGAGGAAAAAAGAAAUCACACAACUAGUAGAGAAAGGCCAGCGUCUAUUCGCAGAUGAUAUCCGCAACUACUUCAAGAUGUUCGACUCUAAGCAGUUCGGAGUGGGGCAGAGAGACCUCAUCUUCAGCGACAAAACCAUCUUCCUCUCCUCCAUCUCCAAAAGGGAGGCUGAAGAAUGGAACAGGGAUCUGGACCAACAGCUGAACAACCUCUACAAGUGUCCACUCACUCAAAUAAGGUGGUGUGUGUUUUCCGAGGCGGAGACAGACAAAUGUGCGAGGUUGUCUCUGACGAUGUUGGUGAAACAUUUCUUCUGGCAAUUCAAACUCCAAUGCAUCUUCAGGGCAUCACUACAGAGUUGUUUUGAAGCCAUAGCAGCCGACGAAGCUGAUGUCAUGAGUAGUGAGCCUGCAUUCGCGUUGGGAGCCAUGAAGAGACUCAGUUUGGAGCCACUGGCCCUCGUGAACAACUCGCACCCCAAUGGCACUGAUUACGUCAUAGCCAUCACAAAGCGAAACAGCCACGCCGCACUUGACGACUUCACCCGUGGAGACAUCAAAACCCUCUGUCUACCAUGGGUGGGCUCUGCACCCUACCUAAUCUUCACCCAUUUAAUUAAUUCACUCUCCAAAAAGAAGAAGAAAAACAUAUUGGGCGAAGAGGGGGAAGAACAUGUUUGUGAUCACGUGGCCCAGCUGAAGAAACACGUGCACUCUUCUUGCAUUCCCGGAUUCACUGACUACUUUGAGCAUUCGAUAAACUCAAAUGAGACUAAGGGACCUACUUCUAGUGGUUAUAAUGAAGAAGAACAGAAUGAUUGGUGGCGCCUCUUUGGAUAUGAAGGCGACAAAGAGACCAAAUCUUCGUCGUCUUCGUCGUCGUCGUCGUCUUCUUCUCGACUAGCAAAUAGGUUUUGUGGGCUGUGUGCGAGUGGGUACGGGGAAGCAGACAAGUGCGAGGCAGAUCACGACAACAUAUUCUUCGACAGCGUCGGUGCAUUCAGAUGCAUGCACGAGCACUACCCGGAUGUGGCUGUGACAACAUGGAGCUCGUUCUUUGACAACACCAACAUGCAGAGCUACUCGGAGUGGGGCUGGAACUACAGACGCUCCCUUUUCAGACUCCUCUGCAGUCCCCUCCCCCUCCACGCCAACCUCACAGAAGCCACUGACUCCUCUCUAUUCCGGGAGUGCAACUUGGGAAGAAUACCUCCCCACGUGAUCCUCAGUCGCGGUAACUCCUCGGAUCAGAAGAGAAGUGUCAUCUUCCACUUUCUGAAGGCACUCGAGUCCAGAUAUACACAAAAGGGCUGGGAAAAGAAACCCUGGUUGCGAUCUGUAUUUAAAAGUGGACGCAAAUACGCCGACUUGAUGUUGCCCAUUUCCGGUCGCGAAUUCAUCGCACUUCCCAGAAACUACGCCUUCAACGAAUAUCCCCACUUUGUCAAAGUAGUCACAGAGUUUUUGAAGCACAACAGAAGCGAAUAUAGAAGAUGUCUAUCUGUUAAUUUCUUCUUAGACUACUCAGCUUUAUUAGUUGUUCUCUACAAUCGGGAGGACCCCACAGCCGAUGCGGUUGUACACCAGUACACCAGACAUAUCUUUGGAGCGAGAGAUUCGCCAACGUGUGCAAAUUAUGCAUUGCAACGGACUGCAAUGGAUAAUCAGGCGAUGUUCCCUGACGCAGCGUCCGCAGUUCUAGAGAAGUUUUAUAUGUACGACUACCUAGACUCCUUUAAGGACCCUGAUGUUGCAUUUAAAAUGAGUCAAGAGUUGAUUACUCUCACCACUGUGCUCCAGUGGUUAAACUCAGGUAGUAAGCAACCCACGUUCGUGGCUAACCGGAUUGGAGAGAUUCUGGAAAGUACGACUGUAGACCAGUGGUUUCACGUCUUAAGUGGAGACAACCCUGCUGAUACGGGAACCAGAGGAAUCUCAGCGGAGUCCUUAAAAACAAGCAGCUGGGUGAACGGGCCGAGUCUGCUGAAAAGUGGCGAGUGGCCUUUCAAGCCGAGCAUAGAAAUACUUAAGAAAAUCCGCCUGGCUGGUCCUGCUUGUGACCAUAAUGAAGGUGACCCGAGCGUGGUAUUGCAUGCUGCCAACAAAUUGCACCCUAACUUACAAUUCACGCUUAAAACACCAAAUGAGAACGUUGACUUGGCUUUCCUGGACAUUAAUAUAAAUGUAGAUGGCAACAGCAACCUACAGUGUGAUGUUGACAAGCUGUACAACUGGUGCCGUGAAUCUAAUCUAACUGUGAACCCUGCCAAGUGCAAUAGACUUUGCUUCCUGCAUUCAUCGGAGAUUGAAAUUUUAAUGAAUGACAACGUCCUUGCUCCUAUCGACUUGCAGAAAGAUCUCGGUCUUAUUAUCACACCUGACUCGAAGUGGCAUCAACACGGAAGAAACGACCACUGCGCAAUUGAAUUGGGAGAUAAUAGAUCAUUCAACGCAAUGAAACUCCAAACACUGAAAGCGCUUUUUAUUAGGAAACUGAGGCCAGAGAUCUACACGCGGGAUGAGUUCAUUAGCAAGGAGCUAACACUUAGAUUUUAA